UAAAUAUCUGCAUCCAACCCUGCUCACUUUCUUAGGACCACAGCUACGCCGAUGUAUAGCCUCGACCACAUCGCACCACGUGUAUCUUAUCUAUCCCUUGAAUUCAACAAGCCAUAGCUGCAUAAAAACACUCGUUUUAGUAAAUUUUGCAACGGAAUUGAAUCUUAAUUUACCCGACUUGAGAGAGUUAUGACGUUUUGGCUUAUUUAUGAUAAGCCUAGCCUCAGUAAUUAGAAACAUCUUAGGAAACGAGCAGCCGGUCAAGUUCUUCAGUAUCAAUCAUGGGCUCCUAUCCGACCAUCAUUGACAGAUGGUGGCUGAUCACCUUUGCAAGCUCCAUACUCGUCCUUCUCUUUUUCGUCAGUCACAGGCGCAAUGAUUACAGCAUAACAGUGCUUCAGAACCAUAGAGUGCCAAAACCAGCUUCUACUCUGGAUACCAUGCCGGAUAUGCAGUCUCCAAUGUCUCUAAAUUACAUUGAUGAUAAGGAGCCACCGAAAUCUCCUGAUCAGUCUCCAAUGUUGGAGUUGCAAUCUUGUACGCCAUUGAACUUUACUUAUAGUGAGAAACCAGCAACAUCUUCUUCUCAGGUUCCUUUCUCAGGCUUGCAAAAUUCGGAACCGUCAGACAUCUUUGAGAAUGUAAAACCGGUAGUGCCUUCUCAUGUUCCCUCUUUAGAUUUUCAAAAUUCAAGACCAUCAAAUUUCACAGCAGGUAAAAUUGAACCAGGAACAUCUUCUUCUCCGGAUCCUUUAUCUGCAGGCUUGAAAAAUCCAAAACCAUCAAAGAUUUUUCAUGAUGAAAAGCCAAAUACAAUGGAGAAGAAAAUAGAAAGAUGCAAUAUCUUUGAAGGAAAAUGGGUUUAUGAUCCAGAGGAGAGUCCUCUUUAUGAUUCAGCCAUGUGUCCAUUUUUUAGUGAUAGAGCAAGCUGCCAAACGAAUGGACGGCCAGACAAGGAAUAUGAAAAAUGGAGGUGGGAAGCCAAUGAAUGUAAGAUUCCUAGGUUUGACGCCAUGGACUUGUUAGAGAGACUUAGAGGCAAGAGAGUUGUAAUAGUGGGAGAUUCCAUUGGCUUUGGCCAAUGGGAAUCUCUGGCUUGUCUUCUAUAUUCUGCCAUACCUGAUAAAUCCCACGUUGAUGCUCGAAAUCGGGUCUUCACAGCAAAGUCAUAUAACUUGAUUGUUGAGUCUCACUGGGCCGAAUUUCUGGUCGAGGUAAUCGUGAACAAGACUAGCGGGAAAAAGAUAUUGAAGCUCGACUCUCUUUCCUCCACUGCAUGGAAAUGGAAAGGUGCAGAUAUUAUGGUGUUCAACACUGGUCACUGGUGGAUGAGCCGCCAAAGGUGGGACAGGUUUCUGUUCAAACAGAAAUUGUAUACAGAUAUGAAGCUUGAAAGAGCAUUUAAGCUUGCUAUGCAGACAUGGGCUCGAUGGAUCGAAAAAAAUGUGGACACAGGCAAAACAACAGUGUUCUUCAGGGGCAUGUCUCCGGCUCAUUCUGGGAGACACAAGUGCCACAAAGCAACACAACCAACCAAGGAUAAGCCUUUCAAAUUGAAACAUAGUGAAUCACUGAUCAAAGAUAUUGUCGAGAGAAGGGUCCAAGGCAUGAGGACACCAGUGAAGUACUUGAACAUCACUAAGCUAACAGAGUACAGAAAAGAUGCACAUUCUUCAAUUUAUUGGAUGAAAAAGCAAUUCAAGCCUGGCCCUGAUUGCAGUCACUGGUGUUUGCCUGGUGUGCCUGAUACAUGGAACCACCUACUAUACGCAACCAUGGUCUUUGAUACUUCUAGGGGCAUUUCUAAUUCUUGAAAACUGGAUGAUUUAUAUAUUUAUUUUCUUUUAACAAAAACUGUUUAAGCUUCAUCUUGCAAAUGUGUUUUGUUUGGUAAGAUGUAAUAAGAAU